CAGGCCGCGAAUCGCACCUCACAGCCCCAAACAGCUCGACCCCCUUUCUGCAUCUAUCAAUAUGGCUUCUCGCUCGGUCUUCUCCGCCGUCAAGCGCUCUGGCGUCCUCGCGGCCCGCGCCCCAUCUGCCGCGCCUCUCCGCCAAUUCUCGACGGCCGGCGCGCAAACGAACGAAUUCAUCGCUGAGCGCCAGCACAUCAAAGACCACGCUGCCAAGUCUGCUGAUUUGUGGAGGAAGGUCAGCAUGUACGUGUGCCUGCCGGGUGCUCUUGUGCUUGGCGUCUACAUCUACGGCAUCGAAGCCGAACAUAUCCACCACCGCGACCACGAGAUCGAGGAGAACGGCGGAGAACUCCCGGAGAGGACAUUCUACGAGUACAACAACAUCCGCAAAAAGGAAUUCCCAUGGGGCAAGGAGUCAUUCUUCCACAACUCCAAGGCAAACUAUGUCCCUGAAUAAUAUGUUACCAGCAGAUUGUUCUCGGAAUGUAGUUAAAUGCACUCGACCUAACAUCGCUGCAUGCGAAGAUUCUGGAAUUCGAUUUGCGUCUACGUAGCCGCCGCUGAGGUGCGCCGGCAUUGUAGU